AGAAUCCUUCCCCUCUCUCCUGUCCUUCUCACUUCAUUGUUGUCUUCUUCAAUUUUAAACUGUGUUUCCAAAAUUCUUCUCACAUCAAAGAAAUAUAGCAGCUUUUUCCCUUGGAGAGAAAAAAAAAAAAAAAAGUGAGAGAAACUCGGAUUCUUAUUCAAGUCAAGAAUCGUCUCUUUGGAAUAUAUAUGCAUCUUCUUUGGCCAUGAAUCAUUUUAUUUCUGAAUGGAAUUUUGAAGCUGAUCUUCCCAUCUCCAAUCAUUAAGAAACCAAUGGGAGAGGACAAUGAGCUGGUAGAGCUCUUAUGGCAGAAUGGUCAAGUAGUUUUGCAUAGCCAAACUCAUAGAAAACAUGGUGCUAAUCAGAGUGAGUCUAGACAAGUGCAGCAAUAUGAGCAACCAACUACGACUAGGGGUGGUAUGUCAUACGGGAAUUCGGGUGGUUUGAUUCAUGAUGAUGAGACAGUUUCAUGGAUCCAUUACCCAAUUGAAGAUUCAUUUGAAAAAGAAUUUUGUUCUGAUUUUUUCUCUGGAUUGCAGACGUCUAAUGCAGUAGAGGCAGAUAAGCAUGAUAGACAAUUAGAAAAAGAAAGAUUUGUUAAGUCUGCUGCCUCAACUGGUAUUAAUGUCAUUGCAAACCCACAAGAGCUAAAUGUUAAUUCUGUUGUACCAGCAUUUCCUAGAAACCCAACUACACCCUGUAAAUUUCAGAUUGAUAGAGCCUUUCAAGGUAAAAGGUUAGGAAAUUUGGUUGAAGAUAUUAAUUUUUCCCAAUUUUCAGCACCAUUUAAGGGUCAUAUGGGAGGAUCAUCCAAUGGACAGUUUGAAGGAGAAGGGAAUGGCAAUAUGACAAGAGAAUCUUCAGUGAUGACAUUUGGGUCCAGUCACUGUGGUAGCAACCAAAUACGAAAUGACAUUGAUUUCAGCAGAGCAUCCAGUGAUGGCAUUGGGACUACUAAUGGUUUAUCUGCAGGAUCCAUGAAGGAUAAUGUUCAAAAAGAGGUCAGUAAUAGUGAAAUUGGAAGAACUGCGACACUUGAACCAGCUGUUACUUCUUCUGAUGGGUCUGGCAGUAGUUUUGAUAGAACAUGCAAGGAAUCUACUGGGGUAGGUAGCCAAAAGAGAAAAAACAUGGAUGGGGAGGAAACAGAGUGCCAAAGUGAGGCUGUUGAACUUGAAUCAGCUGCUGGAAACAAGCUAUCCCAAAGAGCCAAGCCUCCCCGCCGGAGUCGAGCUGCAGAAGUGCAUAAUCUUUCGGAAAGGAGACGGAGGGAUAGGAUUAACAAAAAGAUGAGGGCAUUGCAAGAGCUAAUACCUCACUGCAACAAGACAGAUAAAGCAUCCAUGCUAGAUGAAGCAAUUGAAUACUUGAAGUCACUUCAGUUACAGCUGCAGGUGUCUCAGGUAAUGUGGAUGGGGAGCGGAAUGACUCCAUUGAUGUUUCCAGGAGUCCAACAUUAUAUGCCCCGCAUGGCUAUGGGAAUGAGUCUACCCACAAUGCCUCCAAUUCACAAUUCUAUGCAUCUUCCAAGGAUUCCUGUAGGGGAUCAUUCUGCAGCUAUGGCUCCUCCACAAAACCAGGCUGUAAUGUGCCAAACUCAAGUACCAAAUCCCGUUAGAUUUCAAAACCAUUUGCAGAAUUCCACUUUGCCUGAGCAAUAUGCCCGGUACAUGGGCUUUCACCACAUGCAAGCUGCCUCACAGGCUAUGAAUAUGUUUGGAUAUAGUUCCCAGACGGCACAACAGAGCAAAAUGACAUCACAGCCAGGCAGUGAUUGCAGGCCCCCGGCUGGAGGAGCUUCUGCAAAUGGUGAUGCUUCUCUUCAAUAAGUGGAGACAACAGAACUGUUGCUUGUUGCAUGAUUAACGAAAUAAGAGCUUAGUGUUUACUCAUCGCAUGAUUGAGGAAAUAUUUCAUGCCAUGAAAUUGUAAAACAUUUUCUCCUACGUCUUAUAGAUGUUGAAGCAGGGGCUUUUUUAUACUUAAUACAAAAAGUGGGAAGAAAGAAUAGUUAUUCUAAUCCGUCUCAUUUCCAUGCUAAUGUUUUUGCAGUCUAUCUGCAUGAGCAAUUCAGGUACA